CGUUAAGAAAUCGAGUCCGCCUUGUCAACACAGCGCGGCGCCUCGAGUGUGUUCCGCGUUUUGGGGAAUACUGCCAUUAUUAUGAAACUACCUUCCUUCACACACUGAGCAACGGACGGACAGUUACCAUGCUACGCUCCAAGAAGGAUGUGGAUCGCCAUGUGCGUGAUUUACUCAACAAAACCAAGACAGAAGACGAGCGUAAAGUUCGUGGGUACAACAUUGCCAGGCUCUACUACAACAUUGGGGAGUUUGGCAGCUCAGCACGCUACCUUGCUGAGUUUCUGAUGGUGCGGCCGAGGGCUGUGGAUGCCCACCGCCUGCUGGGACAGGUCCAGGAGGGGCUUGGCAACAAGGAGAAGGCAGUGCAGGCAUACAAGACAGCAUAUGAGCUCGGGGAGGGACAGAAGGACCUCCUGCUGAAGAUCUGCGAGCUGUACACUGAAGUUGAGGCCGACUCCUCCGUGCGGCUGUACUGGGCUGAGGAAGGCCAGCGCCACUACCCCCACCGGGAGAGUGUGGUCAAGCUGAGGGAGGUGCUGCUUUCUCGGGAUGGAACACAAUCACGGGAAGAACUGGAGAAACUUUACAUGGAGGAGAUCAAGGCCAGUCCAAUGGACGUGCGGCUACAGACCAACCUGCUGCGGCUGUACCGGGAGUGGGGGGCGGAUGACAGCUCCAUGCUCUGUGAGGCAUACCAGUAUGGCUGCCAGGUGGAGGCACGCAAGGCCUUCAGCGACUCCCUCCAGUGGUACCAGACUCUCCUGGAUGUGAUGCAGGCUUAUGAGGGCACCAAGGAUGUCAGUCAAGACAAAGAGUUUUACACCAACUACCUGUCAGCCCUGGAGCGCCUGGUGUACCUCACCCUGGCCUCCUGCAGCGAGUCGGCCCUCCUCUCACAGUCCACCCUGCAGGACGCCGUCACUCUCCUACACAAAUUUGAUCAAAGCCUCAAGUCACACCUGCAUGUGGUGGGGCAGAAGACCAUGUUUGGCCAGCUCAUGGUGGGCCAACUGUACUUACACAUGGCCAUCUUUCUAAUACACAAUGCCAAGAAGGAGGGGCUCACACAGGCCAACACCACCUCAGCUGCACUGCUCUUCCAUGCCUGCCGGUUCAGACCCCCAGAGAAAGCCAAGACAACAAAAGCCCGCGAGAAUUUUUGGUACAAGCUUGCCUGCCACAGAAUGUCCCAGGCAGCCCACGUCCUGCAGCACAUGGCCGGCGCAGGCAAUGAGAGGACAGCCUUCCUGGAUCGGGUGAAGCAGCAGUGUAGCAACAAGGAGGCACAGCUUAACAUUCACCAGUCUGUCUUCGGGGCAUCCUCAGGCUCCAACAAGGACAGUGAUGGAAGCUUCUUUCUCUCAGAUGAGGAGUUCAUCACAGCACCUCUACAGUACCCAGAAGUGGAACAGGUCAAGGAGUGGGACCAUGUGGUGGGCAUCAUGUACUGUGCCAGCCUGGGGGACCUGGUGUGGCUGUGUCUCCAGCAAGCGCCAGAGAACCUAAGGGAGCCACAGCCCUACUACUCCUUCUCGCUGUUUGAGGGCCUGCAGUUCUCCUCAGCCAGCGUCAACACCUGGGCCCCGGAGACAUUGUGCCACCUGGAUCUGCUGGCAUUCCUGGCAGCCACCGUGUACUGCCAGCGUGUGGCGGCCAAGGAGACUCAUGGGCCUCCACCCGUCAUGCUCCCCACCGUUCUCAGCCCCACACUGUGCACCCCAGAGCAGAGUGAGUGUUGGGGCGCUGCUCACACUCUAUUCAACAAUCGGGCGCACCACCGCCUUGGGAAGCUGCGUCUCACCCUCCAGCGUGGCCUUGAGGUCAUCCGGGCACAUGGCAACCACGGCAUUGACCUCCCCUUGAUGGCUCACCUGGCACAGUGCUUCACUAAUUGGGUGAGUGUGGCAGAGUCGGAUGGAAGUGCCAGCAGUGAAGUGGAAGCUCUGAGGGAACGGGCAGAGCAUUACUGGCAGCGGGUCCUCCUGUGUCUGCGCACCACCCGUAACAUCAUGAGUGUGGCACCACGGAACCCUCUGUUUGUGGCCCCAGGCAUGGAUCUCUCUAAGGAGGAGCGCAGUAAGGUGGAGGAGGAGGGCAAGUUCUUCCUGGCAAUGCGUCUGGUGCAGGCAGGGAAGCAGCAGGAUGCCAUUCAGGCCCUUGGGGAACUGAAGAGCCCAGAGGCAGCAUUCCAGAGGGCUAUGCUGUACAACGAGCAGGCACAGGCAGUGGUGAGCGAGGGUGGGGUGGAGUCAGCCACACCUGAGGCACGUGCCCAGCAGGCCUCCCUCCUCACCCAGGCCCGUGACACCCUCUACCUCACCCUGGACAGACUCCGCAUGCCAGGUGUGGAUCGAUACCAUCCACUCAACGCCAAGCUGAGCCAGCAGCUGGAGGACGUAGAGCGCCGCCUGUCCCUCCUUACCUCCGCUGGUCAGGGCGUACACCACCACCGCCACCACCACCACCAAGAGGACGACACUGAGUCCCUCUCUGACUCCUCCCACUCCCCCCAUGACCUGACCAAUGGACAUGACCCCACCUCCUCCCCCCACCUUGCUCUUCACUCCACCCCCAUGGCCAGACACUUCAGCACCUCCACGUCCUCCCCGCUCAAGUCCUCCUCCAGGGCGAUGAGACAGGAGGCAAGACCCAGCCCAGAGCGCCUGCAUGCCCAAGUGCAGGCACUGUCGAAGGUGCAGGAGACCACCCUGAGGAACAUGGAGGAGCAGAAUACCGCCCUCAAGGCACAGAAUGACGCGCUGCGGGACCUGUGCACCUCCAUGGCAGAUGGCUUCCGUGAGAACUCCUCUCUGUACCGGUCAAUGCUGGAGCAGAACCGGGCCAUCUCCCAGGACGCCUACACCUCUGUGCUGGGCGAGGUGCGGCAGAUGCAUGCCACCAUCAAGGAGAACCAGGCACAGCUGCGGUCCUUGGCUGCAGAUAUUGCCGACUUGAGGACCAUGCGGGCUGCCACGGCCACUCCACCCAAGCUCCCUGAGACUGCUGAGGUGAAGCAGGCUGAGGAGGUGCCCGUGGAUAUCCCAGCAGCUGUCGUGCCGCCUGGGUUGUACGGAGGCUAUGUGGGCUACUACAGCCAGCCCAGCCCUUUGAUGCCUACGCCAGGCCUCUUCGGUAACCCUCCAUUCUUCCCACCCUCCACCGUACCUGAGCAGACCUACAGCAUUGCAUCGUCAGUCAAUCAGGGGGCCGGCGUCACCACCAUAGCACAGGCGUCCACAGGCUCCAUCGCUAACCCAACACCAUGUUCUCCGGCCACCAUCUCCGUGCCAUCACCCUCAGCCACCUCCCUGGCCCACAGUCAUGCUGUAGGGUCCUGGAGUGUCUCUAGCAGUAUGGCAGGCAGCAACAGGACCCAGCAGACGUGCAGUGAUGUUCCCGCUCCCCCUCAUGCCUUCCAGAUUGCUAUGCCCCCUACAUCCAAUGCCCUUACACCCCCACCAAGGUCUUCUAUGCCAGGAGAGCUGCUGUCCCAUUCCCUCCCCUGCUCCACCACCGCUGGUCUCCUGGCCAAUGUACCUCCCCCACUCUACUCUGCGGUCACCCCAGACUCGUCCCCAGUUCGCGGACAGUCAAAUGUCAGAUCUCUGUCAUCGAAGUUGUCAACGGAAGGCAUGUCACCUGCUCCUAACAGUUUGGUAGCUCCUUCUACCACGGCAGGUUCCCAGGACACUAGCUCCCUCACUUUCCCAGGAGGCUUCAGGAGUGCUACAGCAGCUGCCCCAGAGACCAAGGUUUCCCCAGCCAAGGUGAGGGAGUCAGAGGAUGACAAUGAGUGCUACGUGGAGGACGACCAUGACCCGUGCCCAGACUACAAGCCCUUGGUACCCCUCCCAGAAAAGGUGGAAGUGCGCACUGGGGAGGAGGAUGAGCAGGUUCUGUUUGAGGAGCGUGCCCGACUGUUCCGUUUUGUGGAUAAGGAGUGGAAGGAGCGAGGGACAGGUGUCAUGAAGCUCCUGCACAACCCGGGACAGGAGUCUGCUCGGGUGCUCAUGAGGAGGGACCAGACAUACAAGAUCUGUGCCAACCACCUCAUCACAUCCAACAUUGACCUGCAGCCGUUGAAAGGCAAUGACAAAGUGUGGAUAUGGGCAGCACAAGACUAUGCCGAUGAGGAGCUGCGGACUGAGAAGUUCUGCUGCCGCUUCAAGACUCCUGAGGUGGCCAACAACUUCCGUGAUGCUUUCCUGAAGGCCAAGGCAAUCGCCAAGGCCAAGGAGGAGGCACCCAGCACAGUACAGCAGCCACAGUCAGCAGUCAGUAACACAGGCAGCGGCACAGCCUCCUCCCUGGCCAUGAUGUUCAAGCCAGCGCUGGGCUCCUGGAAGUGUGACAUGUGCCUGUUGACCAACAAGCAGGAGGCAGCCCAAUGUGUGGCCUGCACUUCCCCCAACCCCAACGCCAGCACUCCCGUCAAGGAAGAGUCCAACAAUGCUGCCGCAUCUCCAUUUGCCUCCUUCAAGUUCAGUCCCUCCUCCAUACCCGCUGAAGGGACAGCCUCUAUUGCCAGCCCUGCUGCAUCUUUUGGCUUCAAGUUCACAGGCACUCCUGCCACAGCAGCCACCACCACUGCUGCUGCCCUGCCCAAGACUGCAGCUUCCACUGUUGCUGCCACUCCCACAGCAGCAACCACCUCCACUCCCUUUGGCUUCAAGUUUACCCUGAAUGACACUGCAACCACGAGCCAGUCAGUCAGCAUUACAACACCCUCCUCCACCACCACCACCACCCCUGCUGCUCCCACCUCCUCUGCUGCCAACACCAGCAAGGAAUCGGGCAAGAUCUCCCUCAGUGGCUUCACCUUCACCACCACUCCUUCCCUUGUGGUGGAGAAGAAGCCUGAGGAACCUAAGGAGGAGAAGAAGGAGUUUGUGUUUGCUGGGUUCUCGUUUGGGUCAAGCAGCACUACUAGCGCCCCAUCGACAGGGUUCACCUUUGCCACUCCUUCAAACAGCACAGCGGGAAGUGGCAGUAUCUUUGGAGGAAUGUCCCCUUCAUUUGGCAGCCUGGCCUCCACCACCGCCACCACCACUCCCACUACUGCUGCGUCCAUGUUCACCACUAAGGCCUUUGAGCCGCAGCCAAGCAUGGCAGUGACAAAGUCCCCACAGAAGGAUGACAGUGAUGACCGUGUGGAAGAGUACGAGCCACAGGUGGACUUCCAGCCUGUGGUGCCUAUGCCUGACCUGGUGGAGAUCAAGACAGGCGAGGAGGGAGAGGAGGUGCUCUUCUGUGAGAGGUCCAAGCUGUUCCGGUUUGACAAGGACACCAAAGAGUGGAAGGAACGUGGGCUUGGAGACCUCAAGAUCCUGAAGAACAACACAAAUGGCAAGGUUCGUGUACUGAUGAGGCGGGAGUUGGUGCUGAAGGUGUGUGCCAACCACUUUAUCACGCCGGACCUCAAGCUGGCACCCAUGUCCUCAUCCGAUAGGGCCUGGAUCUGGGCCACACCGGACUUUGCCGACGAGGAGAUGCGAGAGGAACGUUUUGCUGCGCGCUUCAAGACAGUGGAGCAGGCAUUGGCAUUCAAGGAGGCAUUUGAGAAGGCCCAGAAGAUGGUGGAAGCUGCCCCUGCUGAGGAGACUGCUGAACCUGCCCCUGUUACCACCACUACUGCUGCUGCUGCCCCAUCCCUGGCGUCCCUCUUUGCUCCAGCUGCCGGAUCCUGGGAGUGCCAGGCGUGUUUUGUGCGUAACAAUGCUGCAGAUGCCUCCUGUGUGUCCUGCAGCACCCCAAGAGCCACACCGGGGUCAGAGAAGGCUGCAGCUUUGCCCAAGGAGCAGCCCAAGGCAACCUCCUCCCUAGCAGGCAUGUUCAGGCCACCAGAGGGGUCAUGGGAGUGUGAUCAGUGUCUGUUGAGGAACGAGGCCAAGUCUCAGGUAUGUGUGGCCUGUGGUAACUCAGCUCCUGGGGCAAAGGAUGCAGAAAACCAAGCCGUUGAUUUCUCGAAGGGUGCGUCACCAACAGCUGCCAGUACAUCCUCCGGCGCCUUGGCUCCUGGCACCUUCAAGUUUGGUGCAGAGAUCAGUCAGACAUUCACUUUUGGCGUCCCACAGAACCAGCCAGCCAGCACUGCAAGCUCCACAGCCCAGCCAGCAUUUACCUUUGGCCUCAACACUGCUGCCGACAACAUAGUCAAGCCAGCCACCUUCUCAUUUGGCAUCAACACCACCACAGACACUUCAGUUACUCCCAAGGACACUACCACCACAGCCAAACCUGCCCAACCAGCAUUCUCCUUUGGCUCAACCACCACUGCCACCACCAAACCAUUCUCCUUCACCUGGAAGCCACCAUCAUCAACCGGUGCCACGGUCACCUUCGCCCCAACACAGCCUGUGGCCAUCCCGUCCAGCCAGCACGUGGAGGCCACCACCCCUCAGUCUGGCACCACCCCCACCAAGGAGAACAAGGGGGGCUUUGUAUUUGGCAGCCCUGGGAAGUAUGAGUUCUCCUUUGCAGGUGUGAAGGCCAAGUCCCCACGCUCCAGGGACAUCAGCCUGUGUGAAUCUGAGGAGGGCGUGGUGGAGGAGGACGAAGGGGAUCAUCUCUACUUUGAGCCGGUGGUGCCCCUGCCAGACAAAGUGGAGGUAGUGACAGGGGAAGAGGAGGAGGAGGUGCUGUACAGUCACCGUGCCAAGCUAUUCCGCCUCACACAGGGAGAGUGGAAGGAGAGGGGCAUUGGAGACGUCAAGAUACUCCGUCAUGGCAUGACUGGCAAGAUCCGACUGCUGAUGCGGCGGGAGCAGGUGCACAAGCUCUGUCUCAACCACUAUUUGAUGAAGGACUUGGAGAUGCGGCACAAGGACGACAAGACCUUCUACUGGGCCGCCAUGGACCACUCCGAGGCCGACACACCCAAGGCAGAGACCUUCGCUAUCCGCUUCAAGACGCCAGAGAUUGCUACUGAGUUCUUCGAGGCGAUCCAGGAGGCCAAGGUCAGGCUGGGAGGCACUGCUACAGAACUUCCCAAACUGGACUCAACCUCCCCAGUGAAGAUAGAGAAGACUCCUUCGACCAGUGCCACACCAACACCCACCAAGGCGCCCCAGAGCAAUGUGGCGGUCAUAGCACAGGCAGACUCCUCCACACCAACCAUAAAGACAGAGCCAGCCAUGCCCACAGCUGGGUUCUUCUCCAGUGCUACAAAGUCCCUUUUUGGAGAUUCCACAGCCAGCAGCCCUGCAACACUCUUUGGCAGUACACCCACUACCACCACCACCACCACCACCACAUCCUCAUUCUUCAGGAGCACCCCAAACACUUCCUCCUUCACAUCCUCCUCCUUUGGGAACACCUCAGUCUUUGGCGGCCCCCCGGCGUUCAACGUGAAUGUCUCCACAAACUUUUCACUGCGUGGUUCCUUGCCCAUCAGCAUCCCAACAGGCUCCAUGACAUCAAAGUUCUCAUUGUUUGGAGGAGCCACCACCACUUCCAGUGUUCCCAGGAGUUCCUUCAGUUUUGGCGACAAGUUCUCCUCUGAGCCAGACACUAGCGAUGAGAUCCAUGUGGUGUAUGAGAAGAAGGCCACACCUGAGCAGAUAGAGCGUGCCAGAAAGCUUCUCCUGCCCAACAAUUUCUUCAUGUAUGAGGAUGCCUCGCCGUGCCCAGGCUGCCGGGGCUGUGAGAAUGACAGUGCAGGAGAAGACGAGGUAGUGAAGAUAACGGCCUCCACACCGGCGUUUGGUGGCUCCCCACUGAAGCCUAUGUUUGGCAGCACCCCGACCACCACUUCUGCCACCUUCGGCUCCCCAAGUAUAUUUGGCGGCAGUGCCACAUUCACCACCACCACCACCGCCUCCUCAUUCUUCACGGCCAAACCCUCCAUCUUCUCCAGCCCAGGCUUCUUUGGCAGCGGCACUCCCCCAACCACCACCACCCCAAGCAUAUUUGGUGGAAGCACCACUGCUAGUAUAUUUGGAGGAAGCCCAGCAGCCUCCUCCACUCCAGGUUUACUGUUUGGAGGCUCCACUACCACCACCACCACCACUGCUUCCUCCACUCCAACAAUAUUUGGUGGUGCAUCUUCCUCCACUCCAUCCACCACCAGCACACCAAGUCUGUUCAGUAACUUUUCUGCCAGCACUUCCACACCUCCUGCCAGCAUGUUCAGUGCGUCAGUCUCCUCCAACAAGCUCUUCGGCACCUCCACCAGUGCCCCCACCCCAGGGUUCUUCACAGCCUCCCUCGCCGCAGCCAACGCUGCCGCCGCUAGUGCUGCCGCCGCCAACGCCACCUCCACCCCCUCCAGUAUCUUUGCCUCCCCUCUAGCAAGCAGUCAGGGCUCUGGUACUGGACCUUUUGGUGGUAAGGGAACCAUCAGUGCAAUGCUCCAGUCCACUCAGUCUGCACCUUCCACCACACCCACCGCUAGUCCACUCUUUGGUGGCGGAGGAACCCUGUUUUCCACCCCUAAGGAGGGCGGGUCGCAGAUCAGCUUUGCAGAUCUUGCUGAUUCAGCUGGGGACGCAUUCAGCAAGAAAUCCUUGGACCCCAAGGCAGCAGCAGUGUGGGCCAGCCAUGGACAGCCUGUGUUUGGUGCCAAGGCCUCCCCAAAGAAAGGAAGUGAUGGGGAGGAGGAUCUUGAUGAGAGUGGGGAGGCGCACGAUCCACACUUUGAGCCUGUGGUACCAUUGCCCGACCUGGUGGAGGUCAAGACGGGAGAGGAGAACCUGGAGGUGGUGUUCUGCAACCGUGCCAAGCUGUACCGCUAUGACGGCCCCACCAAGCAAUGGAAGGAGAGGGGCAUUGGGGACUUCAAGAUCCUGCACGACCCAGUCACUGCUAAAUACCGGCUGCUGCAGAGGAGGGAGCAGGUCCACAAGCUGUGCUGCAACCACUACCUCACCACCCAGCUGGAGCUCCACCCACUGCAGUCAUCGGAGACAGCCUGGUGCUGGUAUGCCAUAGACUUCUCAGAGAAGCCGGAGGGAGUCAAGGAGCAGCUUGCUGUCAAGUUCAAGACCGUGGAAUUGGCCAAGGAGUUUAAGACCAAGUUUGAGGAUUGCCAGGAGCAGCUGAGGAGAAACCAGGCAGCUGCUGACUCCUCCUCCACCAGCACCUCCGCCGUGGUGGUGCUGCCCCUCACCACCGCCACACAGCAGCACCAUGACGAGGAGGAGGACGCUGAGAAUGAGGAUGAUGACGAGGAGGGCGAUGAAGAGGUAGAAGAGGAGGAAGAGGAAGAUGAUGAGGCAGAUACUGAAGAUGAAGACGAAGAAGAAGAUGAGGACGAUGAUGACGACGACGAUGAUGAUACCUCUGUCAUGUUCACUGAGCGUUGUUCACUGUCCAAGAAGGAGAAGGACCACUGGAGGUUGAUGGGUGUGGGGCAGCUGACCAUGAGGUAUGAUGAUGAUGUGUUUGGGGCACGCAUCACCGUCACCAGUGACUCCGGGGAUGUCCUUGCUGAGCACAUCAUUGCCAUCCAGACAACCAUGCACCAGGAGGGCCAGAGUGCCACCUGGAGUGUGCUCAACCUCAGGCCAGAACCACAAGGACCGUCUACCUUCAAGGCCACAUUCUACUCACAAGAGGCCAUUGAUAUGUUUGCUAAGUCCUUCGUGGAGGCCAAGGAGUAUGCAGAGAAUUCUAACCUAGCAGAGGAGCCUGGGCUGGUGCUGGGGGAGGUGGCUGCCGCUGACCUUUACUACGGCCAGGGGGCAGACAAAGCGGCCAGUCAGGGUGGUGGUGGCGAGGGGACAUGGACUUAUAGCAUUGACCAGUUGACCUCUUGUGACCCUGCCCUCACACAUGAACUUAUAGCCUCACUGAAAGAGCACUUCCAGAUACCCCCCAACCCCCAAAACAAAGACUAAGCUGUGAAUGGGACAACGCACAGGAUAAGCAGGAGAGGCAAGGGAGGUAGUGAGAACCAAGAACAAGAAUAAGAUCGAAAAACAUCUACUGCUGUUCACCCUCCCUUGCCUCAUCCCUCCAUCCACUUGCUCUACAUGGGCAUACCCUUCCACUUCCUCAGUAAACUUGAUCACAGAAGGGAAACUUAAUCUUCUCCCUUUCUGAAGAUUCCUGGAGUGUCUGUCCAUUGUUGUGUCUUCUCUCACUCCCUUCUUCCCGAGCUGCUGUUUCUUCCUCAAAGCUGUGAUUGAGCUGUGACUGUGCAUGAGGUCUUGGUUGUUAUUGUGUCUUUCCCAAUUUUAGUGGAUUAACAAUUAAGUUGCUCAGUUGAAGCUUUCAUGGUUUGCUCUUCCAUUUGCAGUAGCACAGUUAUUGCUCAUGUGAUACUUUUUUAUCCACUUUCCCUCUCUCCGUCAUGUGUAUGGUGUCUUGUGUAUACGUGUGUGUGUGUGUGUGUGUGUGUGUGUGUGUGUGUGAGAGAGAGAGAGAGAGAGACUGUCAGGAGACCAGUAGUGCUCCUGCAGUCAGUCUUCAUCUGUCCAAAAUGUUCCUGUGUAACAAUGAAUUAUUUUUUAAUUGAGCCGAGCAUCAGGCAGUUAUCUUCCUGGUCUUUUUAUUUCUUCUUGGCAACUGUUUUCCUGCAUCGUUUUCUGGUGUAUUUUAUUGCUCUUACUAUUUUUGGUACAAAUGCAACUUGGGCCAAAGUUUGUUUGGGUUUCUGCUAGACAAUAUUUUGGAUUUCAUGCUGCUGUGAGUUAUGGUUUCUUUUAAUAAAAUGUAGGCUAGGUUUAGAGAAACUCGAUAAUGAUCAGGAGUAAUGGUGUGUCUAGAGUUCAUGAUUUGUUUUGAGAAGAGAAAAGACGAUAUUGUGUGUUGAUAAUUUUUAAAGAAGUACAUGUAUUUUAUUAGGUUAGUUUACCAUGUAACAUCCAGGACCAUUAUAUCCUUAAAUUAAGAUGUAAGAUAUACUAAUGGGGGGGCGGUCUGAUGGAAUGUGAGGGGGAGAUAAUGAUGUGAAGGAAGGCGAUAAAAGAAGGAAGAUCUUGUGUUUAUUUUAUGUUGAGUAUUAAAAAUAAACUUUUCUUUAGGAA